AAGAGAAAGGGAGAGAGAAGGACUGACUUGCUCCACUGCCUGUGGCGGAAGCUGCUGGACUUGAAUUGGAGUGAAAUUAGUGACGUUGAAAUUCACUCUGUAAAACUCUUUGGUGAACCCAUCGCAGUCAUAGCUGUAGGAGGAGAGGAGGGGAGAGAGAAUCAUAGUGGUGGUAUAAUAAUUAUAAUUAUACUGCUUACAGGAGGAACCUCCUGCCCAUGAUGUUGAUGGUCUUGCCAAUUCCAAGGUCUAUUGGAGACAGCCAUUCUUUCACCUCGUUCUCUGACACCUCCAUCACUCCAGCUGGGAAAUUUGCUGCAAAUAUGUACAGCAGUGAUCUGCUAUAAUGAUGGUGUGCUAUGAGCUGAUAAAUACAGUGGAACCCUUCACCAACUGGACAGCAACAUUAGGAUCCAUGAAGAGGGAUUCCACUGUAUAGAGCUAGUCAGAGCUAGUC